ACCGUAUCAAAACCAAUGAAUGGCUGGAAAAUAAAUUUUGACCGUGAAUUUAAUUGGAUGAUGUGGCCCACUUGAAGAGUCAAAUUGUUUCGUUUUUUAGGCGGAAGAUUUAAGAAUUAUUUCCAACGUUAUGGAAAGCUCCGAUCUUACACACAUGCUUCGUGUUUACACGUGCUGCCUGUGAAUGUGUACACGUGUAUUUCCUCCGUUUGGAGAUAAUGAAAUCCUCCUCGAAUGACUUGGUCAGAUGGACGGCACUUGCGCACCCUCGAAUGUAACUCCACAGCAUCGUUGGCCGGAUCCACGGCAAAGCGUUGGAGGUUAAGCUUACCGUAUAACGCCAUGUGUGGGGUCCACAGUGAUGUUUGCAUGAAAUCCAACCGUCCAUCAUGUGCUCCCCCUUGUGUUCUUCUAAACACCAAAAAACCAGACCUAUCCAAAACUCAGGCGAGGCACACAACAGGGUACAUUUGGGAUGGGGACUCCCACCACUAAAAACAUUUCAGAUGUUGUGUGGGGCCUACCUUGAUUUUUACAUGCCAUCCAAUCCAUUCAGAAGAUGUCUGAAACAAAGAUGAAUUGAUAGCCCAAGAAGACCAAUCAAAAACUAAGGUGGGCCACGACACGUGAUUUUAGAGGUUUCCAUGUCAAUUUUAAAUAGUGAGCCCCACCUGGAGUUCUGGGUCAGCUUUAUUUUUGGGAUGCCAAGAAAAACAUGACUAGCGCACAUGAUGAAUGGAUUGGAUGACAUGAACACAUCAUGGUGGGCCCCACAAAGUACAUUGUAGGUUAAGCUUAAUCCAGAAAUCAUUACCGUCGAUCCGGCCUCCACGUACAUGAAAUAAAACAAUGCAAGUGGACGUUGAAUGGACGGAGAAGACAAUGUCUGUGCAUCAACAUAAACGGCCAUCCUCCACAAAAAGGCCACAUUAGAGCCAUUAGCUACCACUACGUACUUCCACAAUGGCCAGUGAAGAUGGAUGGUCCACAGUGGAAGAAGAAUCAGGCCGUUCCGAUAGCAAACCCAGCAAUCGGAGCGGAUACGACCCAACAACAGGCAUCUAUCACUCACUUCUACAGCUAGACGAUCACCAUCACAUCCCAACCUGUCCAAAUCUUGAUACGGCCACGUUCAUCAUGUCCCAGUUCCCAAAUCCCAAUCUCGCAGACACCCGAGUUGCACUCAUCGACUCAGUCACUAACCAUCGUCUCACCUAUGCGCAGAUAAGGCGAUCCGUUAAUGCAUUGGCCGCAGGUCUACACCAUGCGCUCGGCGUGCGUAAGGGCGAUGUGGUCCUCCUACUCUCUCCCAAUUCCAUUUUGUAUCCGAUCAUCUGCCUGGCAGUACUAUCCGUUGGUGCAGUCCUGACCACUACUAAUCCACUCAACACCACCUCGGAGAUAACCAAACAAGUCCAUGACUCUGGUGCUAAGCUGGCCAUCUCAGACCCUGAACAGGUCCACAAGCUAAUCCCCACUAGAGUGCCUACAAUACUAACAACCCGGCCCAAAGUCGGCGAUGACAGUUCACUGUCCAUCGAAGAACUGGUGGAUGAAUGUGAGCCGUUGGAUGCACCACUGGCACGGCCGCCUUGUCAAUCGGACACCGCAGCAUUGCUUUACUCAUCCGGGACUACUGGGGUAAGCAAAGGUGUUAUCCUCACUCAUGCUAACCUCAUAUCCAUCAUCGCACUACUCAAAUGGUAUGUCCAAGUAACCGAGUCUGAUGGUGACGUGUACCUUGGCUUCCUCCCAAUGUUCCAUGUGUAUGGUCUGGCUUUCUUCGCACUCGGCCUGUUUUCUGUGGGGGCUACCACGGUGGUGAUGCCUCGGUUCGACUUCGUUGCCAUGCUGGAGGCGAUAGAGGUGCACCGUGUCUCGCACAUCCCCGCGGUGCCACCUGUCAUUCUUGGGUUGGUCAAGAACACCCCAAGGGGCCACUACGAUCUGUCGUCGAUGAGGCGGGUUGGGUCAGGAGCUGCACCGUUGAGUAAGGAGGUUGCGGAAGGUUUUCGAGAAAGGUUUCCUUGGGUGCAACUAAGGCAAGGUUAUGGGCUGACUGAGAGUAGUGGCGCUACUACACUUUUUAUAUCGGAAGCAGAUAUGAAGGCCCACCCGGGGUCGGUGGGGGCGCUGUUUCCGACCUUUUGUGCUAAAGUGGUGGAUGUGGAGACAGGGAAGCCACAGCCACCGAAGAGGCAAGGUGAACUCUGGGUGAGGAGCCCCACCGUUACUAAAGGCUAUUUUGGCAAUGAGGAGGCAACGGUUGGGACUUUCGAUUCGGAGGGUUGGCUACGUACGGGUGAUCUUUGCUACUUUGAUGAAGAUGGGUUCCUGUACAUCGUUGAUCGUAUCAAGGAGCUCAUCAAGCACAAUGGUUACCAGGUGGCCCCCGCCGAGUUGGAAGCUAUACUUCUUAACCAUCCAAAUAUACUUGACGCUGCAGUUAUACCAGAUGAAGAUGAAGAAGCGGGGCAGAUACCCGUAGCAUAUGUAGUGAGAAAACCUGAGACGGAUUUGACCGAGCAUCAAAUUAUUCAAUUCGUGGCCAGCCAGGUUGCCCCUUACAAGAAGGUGAAGAAAGUAAGCUUUAUAGAAGCCAUUCCUAGGUCUGCAGCCGGAAAAAUCUUGCGAAAGGAACUUGUGGCACAGCGCCAACAAAAAGCCAUCUCCAAAUUGUAAUGUGUUUGUAUUCCUUAUGUGUGAGUUCAGUACCCUUUCGGCAUGCAACUGAAGUCUAUUCAUGAAUAGAAAUUAAGCUGAAGAAUGCAACAAAUGAAGUCCCAACUUAAUAGUUGAGUUGGUUAGUGAGCGCCCCAUCAACUCGAUAGUUGAGUUGGUUUGUGUAAUGCCCCAGGCAGAGGGAAGAUCCAAGAGCAGGCCCCUCAAAUGAUGGUUUCAACAAGGAAGAUGGCCUAGAAACUAUUGCCAGAUUUUAUAUAUA